UCCGGGAAUAUCCGCACUCCCGCGUUCCAUCAAGCGGCAUCCGGCAGCAGCGGGGCCUGUGGCUCCCCCUGCGGGCGGCUCAGCAGCAUACACUGUCCAGCCGUCUGCCUGGUGGGGUGCUGAGGCUCGGGCAGCAUGACGACGGAGACUUUCGUGAAGGAUAUCAAGCCUGGGCUCAAGAAUCUGAACCUCAUCUUCAUUGUGCUGGAGACAGGCCGAGUGACCAAGACAAAGGACGGUCACGAGGUUCGCACCUGCAAAGUGGCAGACAAAACGGGCAGCAUCAAUAUCUCCGUCUGGGACGACGUGGGCAACCUGAUCCAGCCAGGGGACAUUAUCCGGCUCACCAAAGGGUAUGCUUCAGUGUUCAAAGGUUGUCUGACACUGUACACUGGCCGUGGGGGUGAUCUUCAGAAGAUUGGAGAAUUCUGUAUGGUUUAUUCUGAGGUUCCUAACUUCAGUGAGCCAAAUCCAGAGUACAGUGCCCAGCAGGCACCCAACAAGACGGUACAGGACAACAGCCCUACAGCUCCCCAGCCUACCACCGGAACCCCUGCUGCUUCUCCAGCCUCUGAGAGCCAGAACGGGAAUGGACUGAGCACCCCACCAGGUCCUGGUGGUGGCCCACAUCCCCCUCACACUCCCUCCCAUGCCCCUAGUACCCGAAUUACCCGAAGCCAGCCCAACCACACACCUGCCGGUCCUCCUGGCCCCUCCAAUAACCCUGUCAGUAACGGCAAAGAAACCCGGAGGAGCAGCAAGAGAUAGCAAGACAUUCUCCGUUUCUGCCACCGACCAUAAUCCAAGUGUCUGCUAGAGAACACAGCCUCUGGCUUGGGGGGAAAGGAGUAAGUAGUAUUUUAGCCACUAAACUUCACUGGAGGGGUGGUGAGCAGUGGCCUUAUCCACCCGAAGCCCAUAAUUGCCCCUUGUCCAGCUAAAGCUGCCUGUCCCCUGGGAUUCAGGGCCCUCUGUUGACCUCCUUCCUCUUUAGAAACGACAGUUACAGUCUGUUUCUUGUGUAUGCAUAUGAUGCAGAAGUCUAAUUGAAUCCCUCCUUCCUAAUAAAUGUUUCCACUCCUUA